GCGUCUCGCAAUACACAGACAGAGGUUGCUGCUACUGCGGCGGCGCCACCCACCCCCACCUCGCCGCCGGCGAUGGAGCCGCCGCCUCAGGCGGGCCCCUCCCCGGCCGUCCGCGUCCUCUCCCGCACGCCCCCGCCACCCGCCUCCUCCUCCCCCUCCCCGCCGCCCCCCGCCGCCACCCCGCCCUCCCACGACGGCGUCGUCGCCGUCGGCUUCGUCGGCGGCGGGGGCACUGCCCGCCUCGCCGACCGGAUCCUGGACGCCCAUGUGUUCUCCCCUGGUGGCUCCGCCAGGACCCUCGCGGGCGGAGUCAGGUACCACCGCGACGGGGAGAAGAGGGUGGUGUUCCUGCACCUCGCUCCGUCGCCGCCGACACCUCUGGAGGGGGCGGGCGAUCUACGGGAGCUGCUCUUCAUGUUCUCCGUUUGCCAUGUAAUAAUAUUUCUCCAAGAAGGCUUCCGGUUCGACACACAGAUUUUGAAGAAAUUCCGUCUGUUGCAAUCCUCAAAGCAUGCUAUUGCACCGUUUGUGAAGUCACUAGUAGCUCCUGCAGUGCCAUCAAAAGUUGCUCGCUCUAAUACUCCAACAAAGCCUACUCACAGGGCCUCAUCCAUCUCUCCUCCUGCACGCCGUGGAGGUCGUCAUCCCUCAGCAAUCUCGUUGAUGUCAGGAACUGGCUCACAUCCUUGUAUGCUGCCAGGGCUAUGCAUCCCUGUUGUUCUGUUUGUCUUUGAGGAUGAUAUCACUGAUGCUCCAGGUGCUCCGACAAGUCCGGAUGAUACGAACGACACAUCAUCAAAUCAAGCUUCUAACACUGAUGGCUUGCCAAAACCUAACAUGACUUCAAAAGGUUCUAGUUCAGUGGUUAUGCUUGCUAGGCCAGCAAUCAGAUCUGAUGGUACUUUCAGCAAGAAGCUGCAUUCCUCUGUAGAAGGUCAGAUACGUUUCUUGCUAAAGAAGUGUCGGACACUUGUGGGUCUAGAGCCAGGGCAUAUUGUUUCGAGGGGUGUCAGUAAUGUGAGCCACCUACCUCUGUUCUCACUUGAUACAUCAAGGGUCGUUGCACUGUUGGAUCGGUCAAUUAGUAAGAAACGUGAGCCAUUGGAUAUCAUUGCAGGACUGUUUGAAGACUCUUUGACAUCCAAAUCAUCAUUGGAUGUUUCUUCGCUGGAGAACAAUUGCCAUCCAGCAACCCAUGAAGAUGUUCAGUUCAUCAAGGAUUUUAUAUUUCGACAAUCAGAUGGGCUGAGAGGAAGAGGGGGACACUCAAGCAAUACAACUGCUGGUCCUGUUUCUGGUGUUGGAAUGGUGGCAGCAGCAGCAGCUGCUGCUGCAGCAUCAGCAGCAUCCGGGAAGCAAAUGAGUGCUCCUGAUCUCCCUACUUUCGAUACAUGGUUGUCUAUAAGUUCAUCUAUUUUGUCUGCACUGUUUAGUGGGGAAGAUGGGUUAAGUAGUUCCCAAAACAUGAAGGCAUCACCUACUCAUACAAGUUCAUUUCCAAAGAACGAUCAACUUCCUUCAGCAGGAUCCAACGCAAUUCAAACUGCUUUAUCUUGCUUGGAAGGCAAUAAGGGGCUUAAUGUGAAAUUUUCUUCAUCAUGGUGCCAAAGGAUACUUCCAGCUGCUAAGGAGGUGUAUUUGAAAGAUUUGCCUGCCUUUUACCCAACCAGCAUGCAUGAAGUACAGCUACAGAAAGCUUUACGAUCCUUCCACUCAAUGGUUAAAGGACCGGCUGUCCAAGUAUUCUCCAAGAAGCUAAAAGAUGAAUGCCAAGCAAUAUGGGAAUCUGGAAGGCAGCAAUGCGAUGCUGUCAGUCUUACUGGCAGACCAUGUAAGCACCAGAGACACGGUAAAUCCUCUCCAUCAGAUGCAGCGUUACAGCAUUCUAGUGGAUAUGUUUUCCUCCAUGCAUGUGCCUGUGGCCGGUCACGCCGUCUUAGGGAUGACCCUUUUGAUUUUGAGGCAGCGAACAUGACCUUUAACUGCUUCUCUAAUUGUGAAGAUCUGUUACCUACUCUUGUGCUUCCAAGAGAGACCAAUGCUGGUGCAUUUCCAGUAUCCUCUUGGCGUUUGGUGCGGCUUGGAGGAGCAAGAUAUUACAAACCAACAAAAGGAUUGCUCCAAGCAGGUUUUUGCUCCAAGGAAAAAUAUCUUUUAAGGUGGACGAUUUCUCUUGGGAAAGGACAAGGGAAACAUGGCACUCAUGCUACCAAUAAACCUUUCUCCACGGCAUCUAAUGCAGAUCCUCAGGCUCCCCCUAUUGUUGCUGGAGAAGUAAAAUCGGCCGUGACCCAAGUCACAGCAGAAAUUAAAUCUAUGAAACUUGAAAAUUCUAGAAAACAACCUGAAGUCGAGUCAAUGAACAAUUCAAGUAUUAAUUUUGGUAAAGGUCUUCCAAACUUUACUAUGAAGAAGCCUUUUGCUGAAGUUGUUGCUGGCCACACAGCAAGGGAUUCUGAGUUUCCUGCUCUCCAACAGAAGAGGCCAUUAAAACCUGGCAACUGGAAAGAUGAGCGGCAAGUGAGUGGAGCAGACCAAACUAAUGGCCGUGGUCAUCCAGCUCUUAGUCAAGGACCUAUAGCUGACAAUGAAUCUGAGAAAGUGAGCAGAGAUAAGAGUAAUGGAAGUGCUGGCGGAAAGCCAUUUCUACAGAUAGGGAGCAAUAUAGUGCCAAUGGUUGUCGGAAAAGAGACUAAAGAAGUUAAUCAAUCUAUACAGCAGUUCAUGGUAUAUGUCGGAUUUGAGCACGAGUGUUCCUAUGGUCAUCGUUUCUUACUGUCAGAGAAACAUCUCAAGGAGAUUGAUUCGUCUUAUUUGCAGUUUGAAAGAUCUAAUCUAAAUAAUGAAGCAGAAAGCAAACAUGGUUCACAAAAGUUGCCCCAAAAUGCAUCUAGAUUAGCAGCAACAAUGGAUGUGACCAGCGGAGGGAAGCUCAAUAGGCCAAUGGAUUCAUCAGGGAGAAACAGCCAGCAGCAAUUGCUUAAGCCCAGGGUUGACGCUGAGACCUUGCAGCCUUCUCACUGGCUUUCAGAUCCACAGAAUGAAAGAAAGGGAGAGCUUUCUCUUCAUUAUGUUACACUUGAUGAUGGUGGAGAAGCAUUUUCACUUCUAAACAGAAAUCUGCCCAUAUAUAUGCACUGCCCACAUUGCAAGAGCUCAGAUAGGAAGGGAAAUCAAGAUGCAAAGGUUGCUGCUGCUGUGUCACAACUUCAACGGAUUUUUAUUGUCACACCUGAUUUCCCUGUUCUGCUGGCAAGCUGCCCAGUUGUACAGUUUGAGGCCUCAUGUUUGCCUUCAAAUGCUUCUGACCAUGAUCAACAAGGAUCGUUCAGUCUUGGUUGUCGAGUUGUCCUUCCACCUGAGAGCUUUCUUACCAUGAGACUUCCAUUUGUCUAUGGUGUUGAGACAAGAGAUGGAAAUACAGCUCCCCUGAAAUACCUUGAGGAACAACCAGAACUCACAGCUUGGCUUGUUGGAGGCACAGCUUUGCAGAUUGUAUCAGUAGGGCAUACUAAUGAGAAAGAAGCACCACUGUGAAGUGCGAAACGUGGGCUCUUAAGAUUUAUUCGUUUUGGUGUAUCCUAUUUUUGCAUUCAGUGAUGGGCAAUUGGUUCCAGCAUUGAAUUUCAGGAUUCCGGCAAGUGUAAUGGCUCAUGAUGUUUACAUGGAGGUCUCGCCUCUCCUGCUGGAUUUACGAUGCUAUGCUAUUGAUACAACUCUAGCUUCCUUUUGCAUUGAGAAACAGGAGCUCUCUUGACAAGAUGAAUGAUGCACAAUGGAUGCAUUGGAGUGAGCUGGUGAUGCAGGGAACUGGACAUGUACAUUAAUAGGUGUCAGAAUUUCUUGCUGAGGAAUUCAGGGGAUCAACUUCAAGAAGCGAAAACUAAAACCCGGAAACUCAACUUGGUCAUUUUGCAGCCUUUAUUGGAGAGAUGAACGCUCCAGGUUGGCAUGGCAGCAGCCCCUUCUUGUAGCCUGGAGGUUGGAGAAUGUUGAAACUGGAAGGAAACGCAUGAACCAGUCCUGUUUGACAAGUGUAAAGGCACAGAAAGAAAGUGACGAGAUCACAGUUGAGCCAAGCCUGUGCGACGAUGCCUGCUUUUUCUUCACCUGCAAAACAACCGUUUCCACGUGAUCUGAAGAAUCAUUCAUUCCAGAAUGCUACUUAUUGUCACUCACUGUUCCUGGCCUGACACGUUAGUUAUCUUAACUAUGGCAACUCCUAUACUGUUUUGUCAGUCCUGGUUGUGUUUUUUUUCCCACUCCAUCGUCUAGUCGUCACUGAAGGAUCAACUGCUUUGACAAGCAGAUGUGCUGCCUAAUAUUUUCUUGGUCGAUAACUGACCUGGACAUGAACACUCUCCUGCCUAAUCGACCAAAGUCGAAGUAAAUGCAAACAGCAGCUUUGAUUGAGAGAGCCCUUGCUUUCUUUUGCAGGAACUAUUAGUAAUUUGCAACCACUCAAUUUGUUCAGUUA